AUGAAAUUGGUAGCAAUUCUUUGGGUGGUGUCCGUCGCCGUGGCCGAGAAGCUGCCCUUGGAGGCCCGUCCCCUGGAAAUCCUCCGCAGCGAUCAGCACAACCCCAACUCCGAGGGCGCCCACAGCUUCGACUUCGAGACGGAGAACGGCAUAUCCUUCCACAUGUCGGGCUCCCAAGGGCCGACCGGGGGCGCCAACAGCAUCGGCGACUGGAGCUAUCCCUUGGGAGACGGAUCCACAGCGGAAUUUAAGUUCGUGGCCGACGAGAACGGCUACCAGCCCGAGUCGUCGCUCCUGCCCGUGGCCCCCGCCUUCCCCCACCCCAUCCCCGACUUCGUCCUCCGGCAGAUCGAGUUCGCCGAGCAGCAGAGGGCGGCCGAAGCACGCCGGGGAAGCUACGAGAAUUAA